GAGAACCAGACGUGUUAUGCUGAUGUGGCAGUCCUCGUCCCGCCUCCUCUCCCCCGAAGUAUUUCCGUGUCACGUCCUUCUUCUUCCGGUUCAUGUAAACAUGGCGCCCCCCAUUCCGCUGCUUGCAGUGCGUGGAUCAGAUGGAACGUCUUUGUUGUGCGGACCGCCGCAGUGCGGGCAGGACUCCUCCUUCCAGAGGGACAGUCGGCCUAGCAGGUGUGUCACCUUCAGUCGGGACGGGACGCUCUUCGGCUGGUGCAACGGCCAGAGGGUCUCCGUGGUGAAAUGUGACGAUGGCUCCGUGGUUUCCUCGCUGGACCUCCCAAAAACGGCCCUGCUGGAGUUUUCUCCCCUCAACAACAUCCUGGUCACCUGGCAGCCAUACACCAAGACUCAGGACAGUCCUCAGGGUGAAGCCAACCUGCAGCUGUGGGAGCUGCCGAGCGGCCGCCUCAUCAAAGCGCUCUACCAGAAGAAAGUCGACUCCUGGUGUCCCAGCUGGUCUGAAGACGAGAAGAUCUGUGUGAGGAGCGUCAAUAACGAGCUGCACUUCUUUGAGAACAAUGACUUCAACUCCAUUGCAAACAAGCUGCACAUGCAGAAAGUCUCAGACUUUGCCUUGUCCCCUGGAGCUCAGCCCAUCAAGGUUGCCAUAUAUGUCCCAGGCAGCAAAGGAGCGCCGUCGUUUGUGCGGCUGUAUCAGUACCCGGCUCUGGGCGGCGUGAGCGCUGCGCUCGCCAACAAGAGCUUCUUUAAGGCGGACAAAGCCAGCAUGCAGUGGAACCGAAAAGCAUCUGCCGUCCUGGUCACGGCGAGCACUGAGGUGGAUAAAACCGGGGCGUCUUAUUAUGGCGAGCAGACGUUGCAUUACCUGGGAGUGAACGGAGAGACGGCUCUGGUUCAGCUUGCCAAGAACGGGCCGAUCUACGACGUGGCCUGGAGUCCAAACUCCACGGAGUUCUGCGUGGUGUACGGCUUCAUGCCAGCCAAAGCCACGGUCUUCAACCUGAAGUGUGACCCCGUGUUUGACUUCGGGACCGGCCCCCGAAAUGCUGCCUACUACAGCCCUCAGGGCCACAUCCUUGUACUGGCGGGCUUCGGGAACCUGAGGGGCCAGAUGGAGGUUUGGGACGUGAAGAAGUAUAAGCAGGUGUCCAAGCCUCAGGCUCCAGACGCCACGUUUUUCUCCUGGUGCCCGGACGGCGAGCACAUCGUCACGGCGACCUGCUCCCCUCGGCUGCGGGUCAGCAACGGAUACAAGAUCUGGCACUACACGGGCUCUGUGCUGCACAAACAGGACGCUGCUGCCGGCUCGGAGCUGUGGCAGGUCUGCUGGCAGUCCUUCCCAGAGGGCUCUUUUCCCGAGCGCCCCAUCAAGUACCAGGCAGCGCCCAGUGAGCUCGGGACCACUCAGGCUGCGCCCACGCAGGCGUACCGCCCACCUGCGCUGAGACACCUGCCGGCCACUCCCAGCUCCAAACUGCAUGAGGAUGAGCCUCCUCAGGACCUCCGAGCAGGACUCUCAGGGGAGAAGAGUCUCUCCAAGUCAGCUUUGAAGAACCAGAGGAAGCGAGAAGCAAAGAAAGCAGCAAAACAGGACGCCAAACCCGACGCUGAGCCCACAUCCGUUCCCGCCCCUGUGAGCAACAGCCAAUCAGAGGCGAGCAGCGGGGACCCGGAGAUGGACAAGAAGAUCAAGAACUUAAAGAAGAAACUGAAGGCCAUCGAGGAGCUGAAGGAGCAGCAGAUGUCGGGGAAAGUUCUGCAGAAGAAUCAGCUCGACAAGAUCCAGAAGGAGGAGCAGCUGCUGAAGGAGCUGCAGGAGCUGCAGAUCGAGCAGUGAGGAGCCGCUCCCCUUCCCAUCAUGCUUCUCUCUGACACCGCGAGGGACGUUGUAGCGUGUACGUCUGGACAGCAGGAGAGUUAACAUGGACUGGGUUUGCUGUUCAGCAGAGCAUUCACUUAUAGUUACUUCUAGGUGCAUUCUGGGAAAUGCAGGCAGCAGCAGGAAGCGAGGCUGUUCACAAAUCAAAGUUUGAAAGUUGGGGGAUCUCUUUAUUGCUCUCCAGCAGCUGUUCCUAUGUGCAAGAAAGAGAGAGACCUGCCCCCUCAUCUGUACAGUGUUCCUUCACAAUAAAAGCCUCUUCUAAAAA